AUGCUGUGCUAUAACUCAGAAGAUUGUACUCAUCAAAAAGCGACGAAUGAGGAGCAUCUUCCAUCAUUUUUAAGAAACGUUACCAAGGAAAGUCGCGACGAGUUCUUUGAAAUUGUUCAGAAUCGGAAAAUUCCACGUCGUGAACUCAAAGAAAACGUCAAAAAAUGGGCACAGAAACAGGAGAAAUCUGUUCUGGAAGAGAUGCACAAAUUCGACGCCAGCCAACGAGCACGUUUCGCCGAAGUACACAAGAAAGUGAACUUAGUGAUCAAUCAACUUCCAAAAGCACAUGAAGAGGUCCACAAAAUUGUUACGAACGACUCUUUAUCGAAGGAGGAAAUGUUCGAGAAAUUCCGGGCUAUCGAUGUUGAUCCUGUAGUGGUAGCUACACUUUAUGGCAUUGUUGGAGCUUUUGCACAAUCUAAGGAAAAAUCUCACCACGGUUCAUUCGUAUACGAAGGUUUAGGACCACUUACGGUGUUGCUGGAAAGGAUUAAGGAAGGCGACAAUAUGUUGCCCAAUGUAGCAGAGAAAAAGAAAAACACGAAAUGA